UUCAUCCUUGUUGUGGUCGUUGUGGUAGUUGUUCGUUUAGACUACUUUUUAUUCAAACAUUUUUUCGUUUCAUUUCAUAUAAAGCUUAUUUUAAAGAACAAGUCUAAACGCGUUUGAUCGAAGUAGUCGUAAGCAAUGGAACAAGUUUCGAAUCCUCGAGGGCGCGGGGCUCUUCUCAAGGCAUUACGUGAUAUGAAUAUUAGUAAACCGGGGGAGCAAACUCAAAAAAGUGAGGAGCCCCCGAAACCUCGUGGUCGAGCUGCGAUGUUGAAUCAACUUAAAGCUUUACGGGAACAAGUUGGGCCUCAAACUAGCUCAACUAGUGAUUUAAGCACAAAAGAAGAAGUUGAACCAACUAUUUGUUCGUUUAAAGGUUCUUCGGGUAAACCGAUCUAUGUAACAGCCAAUUAUAUUGGACUAGAAGUAGAUCCUAAUAAGGGUAUCUAUGAAUAUGAGGUCAUUUUCACCCCGGCUGUUGACUCAAAAUUCUUUCGAGUACAAAUUUUGAAUGAACAAGUUAUUAAACGUGGUUGGAUUAAAAUGUUCGAUGGUGGAAGUGUUCUUUAUCUUCCUAUAAAGCUUUCGGAUGUUCAAACAAUUAUAGAAGGGAAUCACCCGAGCGAUCAAAGCACUGUAACUUUAACAAUUAUUUAUAAGAAAAAGCGACGGAUGUCUCAAUGCGUCCAUUUUUAUAAUAUUUUAUUUAAACGAGUUAUGAUUGCUUUAGAAUACGGGAGAGUUGGCCAAAAUUAUUACAACAUGAACUCUCCAUUUAUGAUUCCACAACAUCGUUUGGAAGUCUUGCCGGGGUAUGCGCUGGCUGUUGAUGAAUAUGAAGGUGGGUUGAUGGUGUGUGUUGAUUCUCAACAUCGAGUUUUAAGAACUGACACAGCUCUCCAGUUAAUAUACGAGUUGAGAAUGACAGGUCGCGAAAAAUAUAAAGAUUUAAUUCAAUCGGCUUUACUUGGAGCGGUUGUUUUAACAAAAUAUAAUAACAAGACUUAUAUUAUCGACGAUAUUAUAUGGGAUGCAACUCCUUCAAGUACGUUUGAAACGAAAACGGGAAAAGUAAUGUCAUAUUUAGAGUAUUACCAAGUCCACCAUGGGAUUACAAUCGUGGAUAGGCAACAACCUUUAUUGUUACACGUCCAGAAAAUUCGUACGAAUACCGCGGAGGGUGUGGCCGAACGACAGAUUAUGUUGGUUCCAGAAUUGUGUACAUUAACCGGAUUAACUGAAGAAAUGAGGGGGAAUUAUCGGAUUAUGAAAGAUGUAGCGAUGUAUACUCGAAUAACCCCACAACAACGCAUGGAGGCGAUGCGAAAGUACCAAAAAAAUGUUGCCGAAUCUGAAAAGGCACAAAAAAUCUUAGCUGAUUGGGGUUUAAAAUUAAAAUCGGCCAAUAUCGAUUUAAACGCGCGAAUUUUAAACAAUGAGGUAAUCGUUUUUGGGAAUAAUCAACAAAGACCAUGCGAUUCCAAAGCAGAUUUUACCAGGGAUGCUAUGAGGAAUCCGGUUGUGUCACCUGUUCAUUUACGGUCAUGGGCUGUUGUGUUUAUUGAUAAAGAUAAUCGGUUAGCAAAUGAGUACGUGCAAAGUACGGUUGCUUUGAGUAACACUUUAGGGAUGCAAAUAAGCCAUCCUUAUAUGUGUUGUUUAAAUAACGAUAAAACAAGUAGUUACGUUAGUAAAUGUCAAGAAAUUUCUAAAAAUGGGUAUCAGAUGAUCGUUUUUAUUUUCCCAAAUCUUCGAACUGAUCUCUACUCGUCAGUAAAAAAAGUUUGCUGCUUACAACAACCCGUCCCGAUACAAUGCAUCAUUUCAAAAACGCUUCGUAACCCAAAAUCACUUCGAACAAUAAUUUACAAAGUGGCGGUCCAAAUAUUGUGUAAAAUCGGGGGUUCACCUUGGGCGCUUCAAAUUCCGUGCCAAAAUUGGAUGGUGAUUGGUAUCGAUGUCUACCACAGUGGAAGUGGGAGCUCGAAACAAGCUGUUUUGGGUUUCGUAAGCAGUUCGAAUAACACUUUCACGUCUUGGUACAGUUUGGCUAGGAUUCAACGCGGCGAGAUUUCGGCUCAAUUAAAACAUUGUUUCGCGAAAAGUUUAGAGAAUUAUAAAAAUUCUUGGGGACGAUUUCCCGAUAAAAUUAUUGUAUUCCGAGAUGGGGUCGGUGACGGGCAAAUGAAUUAUUGCUCGCAGUUCGAGGUGCCGCAAUUCGAGGACGUUAUCAAACAAUUCGAGUUGAGUAUGACGAUGACGUUUGUUGUGGUUAAAAAGCGAAUUAAUACGCGGAUUUUUGCCGAAAGUAACGGCGGGUAUUCGAAUCCUCUUCCAGGGACGAUCGUUGACACUACAAUCACUCGAAAGUAUUUGUUUGAUUAUUUUUUGGUUCCUCAGAACGUUAAUCAAGGUACAGUGACACCCACGCAUUACGUUGUUCUUAAUAAUUCCGCACAAAUUAAGCCGGAUAUUUUACAAAGGUUGUCGUUUAAAUUGUGUCAUUUGUAUUAUAAUUGGUCCGGGACUAUUCGUGUUCCAGCUCCGUGUCAAUACGCUCAUAAAUUGGCGUAUUUGAUUGGAAAUUAUGUUGGAAAGGAACCAUCAGAGGUUCUUAAUUCGCAAUUAUAUUAUUUGUAAACGAAUAGUUCAUUUAUCUUAAGAUCGAGAUUCUGUUUCAUUUUUGUAAUACUUAUUGAGAGUUUAAGAUAUUUGUUUAUUGAUUUAUAAUAAGUUACUUGACUAAGUGUAAUUAAGUCUUAUUUUUUUAUAAAAGUAAAUAAAUGUUAUUUUAUAUAAAA